AUGGCGCUCCUGCACAUGUUACUCGGAGGGCUUCUCCUGUGCUCUUCCUUGCACACCACAUGUCUGGCAGCAACAGCGAGGAGUGAUACUCUUGCGGCGGGCGAGGCCCUCGGCAUGGGUGAGAAGCUGGUCUCAAGCAACGGCAAGUUCGCGCUCGGCUUCUUCCAGUUCCAGCAUCAAGUCCCAGCCACAGGCAACAUCAGUAAGUCCCCCAGCACCGUCACCACCACCACCUCCUCCCCUGGCUGGUACCUCGGCAUAUGGUUCAACAAGAUCCCAGUUCUCACCACUGUUUGGGUUGCUAAUAGGGAGAGACCCAUCACUGACACCGAGGUCAAGCUAGCACAGCUCAAAAUCUCAAGAAAUGGCAACCUCGUCAUCAUCUUAAACAAUGCCACCAGUACUAAACCAUCCAUACUCUGGUCCAUCACUGACAACAUUGUUGUCAACAGCACAAGCAACACCAGUGCUGUUCUCAUGAGCACCGGAAACCUUGCCGUCAUACCAAACACAACAGCAUCUAACCCAGCAGUAGCACCGUUGUGGCAGAGCUUCGACUACCCAACGGAUGUCGGGCUUCCUGGUGCCAAGGUAGGACGAAACAAGGUCACAGGGUUUAGCCGGCAGUUCAUCUCAAAGAAGAGCCUGAUAGAUCCUAGCCUCGGCUCAUACUCCGUCGAAAUAGACGCCGACGGGGUGUUGCUACUUAGAAGCCGCAAGCCCCCCUUUGUAGCGUACUGGACUUGGCCGUCUGGAAAGCUAGGGGAGCUUGUAUCGGUGCUGACCGCACUGCUAGAAAUGGAUCCACGGACUAAAGGUUUACUUAAGCCCACAUUUGUCGAUAACGACGAAGAGGUGUCCUUCACUUACACCUUGCUGGAUGACUCAUCUUCCAUAUUUGUUCCAAUAAGCAUCACCGGUCAACUAGAGCUGAAUGUUUGGUCGCAAGCCACGGAGUCUUGGCAGACCGUGUAUGCACAGCCUUCUGAUUUCUGCACAACGUAUGCCGUGUGCGGACCUUUCACGGUCUGCAAUGGCAAUACUAGUCCAUUCUGUGGCUGUAUGGAGGGCUUCUCUCAGAGGUCGCCUCAUGCUUGGGAGCUUGAUGAUCGGACAGGAGGGUGUGCCAGAAAUACUCCGUUAGACUGCAUUGCUAGCAACACAAGCACAGCUAGGUCCGCUGAUGUGUUCCACCCUAUAGCUCAUGUGACAUUGCCCUAUGAUCCCCGGAGAUUACAAGAUGCUACUACGCAGAGCGAUUGCGCGGGAGCUUGCCUCAGAGAUUGCUCUUGCACUGCUUAUGCCUAUAACAACAGUAUAUGCUCUAUGUGGCAUGGAGAAUUGCUUAAUGUAAAUCAGGAUGAUGGUAAUGGUAUUGUUUCUCAGGAUGUUCUUUACAUUCGCCUUGCUGAGAGAGAUUAUCAAAGUAUGGUGAAAAACAACAGAGGAAUAUCAAGACUUGUUAUUGUUGCAAGCACUGCUGGUUUUGGGUUAAUAAUGCUCAUGCUGUUGUUGAUGUUUCGGAGGAACAGAUCCAUGUGGUGCAAUGCUCAACUACAUGACAUGCAAGGUACUGGUGGGGGAAUUAUAGCCUUUAGAUACAACAAUUUGUGCCGUGCUACUAAAAAUUUCUCCGAAAGGCUAGGAGGAGGUGGUUUUGGUUCUGUAUUCAAGGGAGUGUUAAAUGACAAAACUAUCAUAGCAGUGAAGAGGCUUGAUGGUGCUCGUCAAGGAGAGAAGCAAUUCAGGGCUGAGGUGAGCUCAAUCGGAUUGAUCCAACAUAUCAACCUAGUCAAAUUGAUUGGUUUCUGUUGUGGUGGAGACAAGAGACUACUUGUCUAUGAACACAUGCCAAAUGGAUCUCUUGAUGGGCAUCUGUUUAAGAGCAAUUCUCCUGUCCUUAAUUGGAAUACCAGGUAUCAAAUAGCCAUAGGAGUUGCUAGAGGAUUGCUCUACUUGCAUAAGAGUUGUCGUGAAUGCAUCAUACACUGUGAUAUCAAGCCAGAAAACAUACUUCUCGAUGCUUCAUUUGUUCCUAAAAUUGCAGACUUCGGGAUGGCAGCGUGUGUGGGAAGAGACUAUAGCCGAGUUCUAACUACAUUCAGAGGCACUGCAGGGUAUCUUGCCCCCGAGUGGCUUAGUGGAGUUGCUAUUACACCAAAAGUUGAUGUCUACAGUUUCGGUAUGGUAUUGAUGGAAAUCAUAUCAGGAACAAGGAACUCACCACAAGUGCAUACCGGUAACAGUUACCAUGUCUCUUAUUUCCCUGUGCAAGUCAUCAACAAGCUUCAUGAGGGAGACCUGCAGAGUUUGGUGGACCCAGAAUUACAAGGCGACUUCAAUAUGCAACAAGUCGAAAGGGUUUGCAGAGUUGCAUGUUGGUGCAUCCAAGAUAAUGACUUCAACCGGCCAGCAAUGGAUGAAGUGGUCCGAGUUCUUGAUGGUCUCCAAGAGUUUGAUAUACCCCCGAUGCCAAGAUUGCUUGCCGCUAUAACACAUUGUGCAGAUGUGUCUUCAAUGUAA